AUGAACGAUGCAAACUACAAAAAUAACCAAGAUAUAGAUCUGAUAAUACAAGUUCAAACUGCGACAAUAAUAACAGAAGCAUAUUCUACGAUAACAGAUACUCAUCGAAAUCCAAAGAAACUGACUAGGUUCAGAUUAUUACACGG